GACCCUACCGCUACCCUACCUAUCCAACCAGGAACCUCACGAAGGUUACAAGGUGCAUGGACUGUUGAGUCGGAGAGUUCUUAUCACUACGACUUGUCUGACUAAGCUUAUAACAGAUCGUUUAAAGGCAAUACAAAACUAUGGAGUUUAUUAUACCUUGAAUUCAACAUUACUUGGCUUCAAAGAUUAUUACCAUCUUCCGUUUGUCAAAGAACUGCUACGAGAAGUCGAGGAAAGAUAUCGAGACAUUGGCCAAGUUGACAGCACUGGGAAAAAUCACCCUUUUAUUGCCGUCGAGGGGGUGCACAGGAAAACCAGGAACAUAGUGGGAGUGCUGCUUGCGCGGAGACUGGGAGCAGAUGUGGUUUAUAAUCCUCCAGAGUUUAUGGUCCAGCUGGGGGCAAACAUAACUGACGCCAACUUGCGGAAAGCUUUCUUCGGACUGACAGGAUACGUCGCAGCAUGCACAGCCCGCCAUCUUACCAGGACAUUACCAGCUGUUGUCACUGGACACUGGAUGUCUCAGGCUGCUUUUGCCAUUGCGAAGGUGUACGACCAAGUGCCUCCAUCUGAGUCAUUAGUCUACUCCUGGCCGCAGGAUCUCUACCCUCCGGACAUAGUCUUCUUCAUGAACUCUAAGAGGAAGAAGGAGAGGAGAAGAGACGUAGCUAAUCCUGAAUUUCUAGAAAAAUUUGUACAAGUAUAUCGUAACUGGAGAAAACCCCCAGUCUUUGAAAUAAGCAAUACCUACCAAUAUGAAGCAAUGGCUAACAAGAUGAUUGAGAUAAUCAACCAACAGUUUCAAGGGAACUACUAAAAUUACAAUAUUUAACUUUCAUCCAAGAAUUAA